AUGGCUUCGUCAACAGAGCAGCGGGAGAUGCAGCUGGUGGAGAGUGUCGAGUUCAAGAUCCUCAGCGUCGCAAAUAAAGAGGACCGGCUCCAUGAGCUCCUCCAACGAUACCUCGCUCCCCUGAUCCUCAAGGCGGCUAGUGAACAUGCAUCCGUGAGGGCGCGGGUCAUACAAAUGCUGGCCAGGCUCAAGACAUUCAUCCAACCUCCUCAGGUCGUCCUCCCCGUCAAGGCCCUGUUGCAGCAGUACAAGACCAGCGACUCGCCUGUGAUCAAGCAGUUGGACUUGUCCUUUAUUCAGCACAGCCUUGACAGACUAGAUGUGGAGGACAGACGCGGUCUCAUUGCAAUUGCUCUCGAGGGUUGUGCUCGCGAUGAGGGCAUGCCGCGGGCUGCAACCAUGGUCAACAUCAUACUUCGGCUGCUGCUGGACCUCCGGAUACCGCCGCGAGGGAGCAAAGACGACGAAGCCUUUCGAGCCGCCAUAGGACUCGAAUCUGGGCAAGAUGCAAAGUAUCUGUCCAAGGUCAUUGGCAUCUUUCUGCGAUUGCGCUCCCCUCUGAGGUUGCAGGCAUCCAACCCUGCAGUCACCAGCGAGGAGGCGGCGCUCUUCCCCGCCGACAACCCGGACACCGAGAAGCUUUUCGUCCGGCUCUCCGAGCUAAAAGCAAAGCUUGUGGCAUUCCUAGCCAGCGGCGCCUUUACGGACGAGGAAAAGUUCCUCCCAGCUCUUUUCGCUGCUGCGGGCAUGGACAACCGCGUGGCGUCAUCCGCAGAAGAGAUUCUCAAAAGGACAUCCGUUUCGAUGGAAGACGAGGCCCUGGUUACGCGCCUGUUCCAGUCCCAUUCUACCCUUCCUGCCUCGUAUCGAACUCGAAUCCUUACUCUGCUUUCCAAGUCCGCGGUGUCCACGACGAUGUCUGACAGCAUCAUGGCCGCUGUCACUUUAGACUUCAUGCCGCAAACUGAGAACGCGGGCGCAUCGUCGCUGCAGCCCUCAAGCACCCUCGAGAGGACAAAGUUGCACAAGGCUUUGUUCCAUUACCUGUCCUGGGUUGCCAGAGUUGGCCCGUCGAGACCCGGGUUCUCGAUUGGGCCUCCCCUUAUUCGCAGCAUGCGCGCCUACAUAGAGUCUCAAGGCUGGCCGGCGCCCAAUCAGACAUCCCAUGACGAUAUCAACCUCCGUUCCAGAGCGUACGAAACCAUCGGGAUGCUGGCGGGAAGCUCCGACAUCCCCGUGCAGGAGCGCAUCGACCUGGGCGCCUGGCUGUUCCGCUCUCUGUCGGAAGAUCCCACGCCUGAGGCGGUUGUGAACAUUGACGGUGCCCUCUCCAGUCUGACGGCCAUCAUCCCGCCGAAAGUAGGGGCCGAGGACAAAACUCUCAAGACCAUGCUCCUCACAUACAUGGCUCUACCUGAUGACCCUCCCGCCGUGCGAAGCACACGCCACGCUGUUGUCAAAUGGGCAAACCAGUGCCUUCCAUUUGCCGACAUCUGCGGCCGCUGGAUAGACAUCCUCGCCGUGGCUGGGCGACAAAACGAGCGUAGCGACGUCGUCGAGCAAGGUCACAAGGGCUUGGACCCUUGGACGUACUUUGCCCACAGCGAGUCUCGCUCAACCUUGCCGGACUGGAAAGAAAUGACAACCUCCAUCUUUGACACGCUCAUCGGGCCGUAUCAGGAAACAGAAGACCGGCGCAGCACCAAGACGGUCAAUCUUUCGCACAACGCCGUGUUUCAAAACUUCCAAGGCAGUCGAAUUGCCGCGUACCCUGUCGCUCUCCGAUACUGCAAGAACAUCAUGCUGCUCUCCGCGCUCGACGACUUUACCAUCCAGCCGGACUGGAUGCAGGCGCUCGACGCGCAGAUCAAGUCGGACGUUCAGACUCGCAAGCGAGUCAAGCAGUACCUCCGCAUGGUGGACAGCGCGUAUCUCGUGUUCUAUCUCAAGGCUUGUCUUGAAGGCGCAUUCCUCGAGGACUCGCCCAUCGUGGAGGAGUGCAUUCGCUGCUUUCUCGACGUCGCGACUCUGAGCUCCGGUGGUCCCAUUGCCUACCUGGUGGACGGAAGCAUGAACCUCCUGAAGUUGAUCAAGUCGAAUAAGAAGGAGACCCGCGCUCUUGGCGCGCGGGCACUGGGCAUUCUUGCCUCUCAUCCUGCCAGGGACGACGACUCGGUGAGCAAUUGCAGCAUGACUCUGCGCUCAAUGUUCGCCAACGCCGACGGUCUUGUCGGCUCAGACGCGAAUGCCGCCGAAGGAGCGUUGCUGGCCCUCGGAUACCUGAACUCGCGAUCCGUUUACUACGAUCGUGCGUUUCCCACGGAUGUCGAAUACCCGCUGAAAUACGUUGUCGAUGUCAACGGGUCCUCUUCGCUGCACACGGCCGCAUUGGAAACCUUUUCGCAGCUCUGGUCCGCAAGGCUGGCUUUGCCCAGUCCGGAUGGCGACUACUCUCUCAAGAAAGUCGUCACUUCCUUAUCUUCCGAGGCGAAGAAGGGGAACGAGAAGGCAAUUGCGGCUCUUGGCCGCCUUGCAGUCGGCCUGGUAGAACCGGAGACCGAUGGCGCCGACGAGAAGACGGAGGGUCGGCUAGCCCCUGGCAUACUUGGUACGAUAAUUGAGGAGCUCUUUGCGCUGCACGAGAUCAAGCAGGUCGAAGUGCAAUUCACCGUUGGUGAGGCUCUCACGGCCGCCAUGGCCCGCUGGGACUCCAAUGCUGUCAAGCUCACGAUGGACGUCGAGGCGCGUGGGACUCAAUUUCGUGCUGACGCGAGGGAGGACGUUGUCGAGGCAGUACUGGCUAAGCUUCUCCAGAACAGCAAAGUCACGAAGCCGUCCUUGCUUAAAGCUUCCGGCAUUUGGCUCUUUUGCGCAGUCCAAUACUGCUCGCAUUUGACCCAGGUGCAGUCCAGGCUUCGAGAAAUCCAGGCCUCGUUCAUGCGGCUGCUGAGCGCGAGGGACGAGCUCGUCCAGGAGACAGCUUCUCGGGGUCUUUCCUUGGUGUACGAACGUGGCGACUCGGAUUUGAAGGCGUCUCUGGUUAAGGAUCUUGUGUCUGCCUUCACGGGGUCCGGGACGCAACUCAAGGUCGACGAGGAAACGGAACUCUUCGAACCGGGCGCUCUGCCCACGGGCGAAGGCAACUCAGUCACGUCGUACAAGGACAUUGUCAAUCUGGCAAACGAAGUUGGCGACCAACGACUAGUCUACAAGUUCAUGUCGCUCGCAGCCAACGCGGCGACCUGGUCCACGAGGUCCGCCUUUGGCCGAUUCGGCCUUAGCAACAUCCUCUCGGAGUCAGAAGUCGACCCCAAGCUCUAUCCAAAGCUGUACAGAUACCGCUUCGAUCCCAACACAAACGUGCAGCGGUCCAUGGAAGACAUUUGGAAGGCCCUAGUCAAGGACUCAAACGCUACGAUCGAGGCGCAUUUCGACGCCAUCAUCGAAGAUCUCUUGAAAUCCAUCCUGGGACGCGAGUGGCGUGUGCGAGAAGCAAGCUGCGCCGCCAUAUCCGAUCUCAUCCAAGGCCGCCCAUUUCCGCAAUACGAGAAGUAUUACCGGGAUAUCUGGACCGCCGCCCUCAAGGUCUUGGACGAUGUGAAAGGGAGCGUUCGGGAAGCGGCGCUCAAGCUCUGCAUGGCUCUCUCCAAUGGUCUUGUUCGGCAACUCGAGGAGGGCAAUCACGCCGCAUCGGCACAGGCCAUGAUGAAGGAAGCUCUCCCGUUUCUGCUCUCCGACAAGGGCAUUGAAAGCUCGGUACAAGACGUGCAAGUCUUCGCUGCGAUUACCGUGCUGAAGAUUGCCAAGCAUGGCGGCAACGCCUUGCGCCCCUUCAUCCCCGACAUGGUGCCGCAGCUACUGGGCCUGCUCAGCACCAUCGAGCCUGAGCAGAUCAAUUACCACUAUCAGCGAGCCGGAGAAGAUAGUCGUGACCAAAUCGACAAGUUGCGGUCCCAGAUGGUAAACCAAUCGCCCAUCUCCGAGGCUGUCGAAAACUCCCUUCGCUUCAUUAACGCCGACGUUAUGGCCGAGUUGGCACCGCGUUUGGAGGCAACGAUCAAGACUGCCAUAGGGAUGCCAACCAAGAUAGGAUGCAGCCGGGUGCUGACGACUCUAGCGACGCGGCAUCUCAACGACAUCAAACCGGUUGCUGGUCGCUUUCUGCAGUUGCUCGAGAAGCAGGUGCUCGACAAGAACGACGAGGUCAGCCAAGCCUACGCCCGCGCAGCAGCAUACAUGAUGCGGGCUGCCCCAGACGCCGCCAAGGUGCGGUUCUGCGAGCGGUGCAUCAAGACAUAUUUCGAUGCGGAGGACGAAAGCCGGCGGCAAAAGAUUGCGGAUGCUAUCGUGUCCAUGGCAAAGGUCUCCCCCGACCACUUUGCGGCGCAAGAAACGGAGUUGCUCCCGUUCUCGUACUUAGGAUCGCACGACCCCGACGAAUACACUGCCAAGGUGUUCCAAGAGGUCUGGAGCCAGCACGCGGGCAGCAAUCGCACAGUUGUCCGCUACGUCCCAGAGAUUGUGGCCUUGAUCGAACGCUGCCUGGAUACCGCACAGUGGGGACUGCGACAUACAGGAGCUUUCACUGUCGCAGCAAUGGUGAUGGACGUGUCCAAGGCAACUGACGCGACCGGGGCCAUUGGCGAGGCAAACUUGAAGGCCAUUUGGCCGGUCUUCGACAAGACUCUGGCACUCAAGACGUUUGCGGGCAAGGAGAAACUGCUCGAGGCAUUCCCCAAGUUUGUUGAGCACGGCCAGCCUCUCUGGCGCAGCGACGAUCAGAUCGCAGCGCAGAUGAAGAAAAUCGCCAUCCGUGAGGCGAAGAGAAACAACGACGAGUACCGCGUCCAUGCGUUUCGCUGCCUAUGGCAGUUUGCUAGGGGACGGGACGACCUGGCGAUGUUGUCAGACAUCGCCGACAUCACGAUGCCGUAUCUGGACGAGCUGAAUGACGAGGACAAGAUGGAUGUGGACUCGAAGCAGGGUUCAAAGGACGAUUUGACACACAAGACAGCCCGGAAUGGUUUGGACGCGAUUGCACGAGGGUACGCCCGCUCCGACAAGACAGAUUUUCGGGCUGUCGUCCGCGACGUCAGCAAGCACCUGCAGGCGUAUCUUUCGAGUCCCAAGUUCUCUGUCAUCAAGCGGGAGGUCUGGUAUGACUGCGUCAACGACGUUAUGGCAGACGCGACGAAGAUGACGAAGCCUGCCGACUCGACUCCCGUUCCUUUUGACGGCCAGGGCAUCCUAGUAUGGUACCUGGAGAGCUUGGACCUGGGCCAGGCUGACGCUGGAACGGAGUCCCAAAGGCUGAAGCGGGUGAAGGCCGUGUCAGCGACGAUCAAGGCAAAGCUGGGCGGCGUGUUCGGACAAGCGGCCUUGCCAGUCGGCCUGGAGGCAAGCAUCGCGGCGGCGUUGGGAGACGAGAGGGCGGCAGAUGUACAGCGAGCGUGGAAGGGCGUGGUGGACGAGACGUUUGUGAUUUUUGACGUGUAG